AGGCUACAUGUAGAACCAGAUGAUGUAGAAGAAGAACAGUUAUGACUUACGAGAGCACAUGAACAGUGUCUACAAGCUCCACACUCGCCUCAUAAAAACCGGCCUUCAUAAGGACCCUGUCUCUGUCCGUCAGUUCCUCCUUGCCUGCGUCCCACUCGUUCCUGAGAGCUUACCUUACGCACGCUCCGUCUUCGACCUCAUCCCAAACCCUGACACCUUCUCAUGGAACACCCUCAUCAGGGCUCACUCACGAGCUUCUCCCUCGGUAGCCCUCUCCCUCUUCUAUGCGAUGCACAGGAAUGGCGUCUCUCCAGAUCACUUCACCUUUCCGUUUGUUCUCAAGGCCUGCGCUCUCCUGCAGAGAGGCCAAGAACUUCAUGCUCUCAUUUUAAAGCUGGGUCUUUAUACAGAUAUAUUUGUGAUGAACGCUUUGAUUCAUAUGUUCGGUUGUUGUGGUUUAGUCAAUAUUGCCUUGAAGGUGUUCGAUGAGAUUCCCAGAAGAGACUUGGUUUCUUGGUCUUCGCUAAUCACUUGUUUUGCGAACAAUGGUUUUGGACACGAGGCUUUAGCUGUGUUUCGAGAAAUGCAGGUUACCACGAGCAUAACACCUGAUGAGGUUACGAUGGUUAGUCUAAUAUCCACGGUGUCGAGUUUAGGGGCCUUGGAAUUGGGUAGAUGGCUUCGUGUUUUUAUGUACAGAAAUGGAUUUGAUCUUUCAGUUCUGUUAGGUACCUCGUUAAUAGAUAUGUUCUCUAGAUGUGGAUCCAUUGCGGAGGCACGGGCAGUGUUUGAUGAAAUGCCAACAAGAAAUGCAUACACAUGGACUGCGUUGAUUAAUGGGCUUGCCGUGCAUGGGCAGAGUGGAGAAGCGCUGAGAAUGUUCCAUGAAAUGAAGAAGUCAGGGUUACGACCAGAUUGUGUCACAUUUAUUGGAGUUUUACUGGCUUGUAGUCAUGGGGGUCUUGUAGAGUAUGGUUGGCAGGUUUUUGCAAGCAUUAAAAAUGAAUAUGAUAUGGAGCCGAUGCCCGAACACUAUGGAUGUAUGGUUGAUCUACUUGGCCGUGCCGGUUUGCUGACUGAAGCUUAUGAGUUCCUCGUGAAAAUGCCAAUUAGGCCAAAUUCCAUUCUGUGGAGGACUCUACUUGGAGCUUGUGCUUAUCAUGGUAAUCUCGAGUUGGCGAAGCAAGUAAAGGAGAAGAUCUCUGCGCUUGAUCCUAAUCAUGAUGGUGAUUAUGUGCUUCUAUCAAAUAUCUAUGGUUGUUCUGGUCGAUGGGCAGAGAAGGCAGGGCUAAGGAAUUUAAUGAAAGUGCAAAUGAUCGAAAAGAAACCUGGCUGUAGUUUGAUUGAGGUUGAUCAAAUGAUUCAUGAAUUUGUUGCAGGGGACAAUUUGCACUCCCAAUCUAAGGAGAUUAGAGAAUUCUUAUUUUCAAUCAUAGAAAGAUUGAGGGUAAUGGGUUAUGUCCCUGAUACAUCUAAUGUUUUAUUUGACAUUGAAGAAGAGGAGAAAGAAUACAAUCUUAAUUUUCAUAGUGAAAAACUAGCUGUUGCAUUUGGGCUCCUUAAUGCUGGUGGUAGAAGGACAAUAAAGGUCAUGAAGAAUCUUCGGAUUUGUCAAGAUUGUCAUUCGUUCAUGAAGCUUGUCUCAAACAUUUAUGACAAAGAUAUAAUUAUCAGGGACCGAAACCGCUUCCAUCAUUUCAGUAAGGGAAUCUGCUCUUGUAAGGAUUACUGGUGACUUCUGAUUAACCUCUGUCUCUUACCUUCUUGUAUCUUAUUUUUGUGGCUGUAUAUUCAUUGAUUACUCCUUGAUCUAAUAGUAGACCCAUUACUUUC